CUGGAAUUCAUCGCAUGAUUGCAAGCAGUUGCUUUCCCAAACGCCUGAAAAAAGCCUUGCAUGCAACGAUGUCUACCAACACGUUGAUUCCCACCAACUCAGACAACAUGACCAUAGACACAUUCGCCAUGGACACCAACUUCAGCAUGGAAAUUGCCAUGAACAACGGGACGUCCACGAACUUCACGGGGUUCAGGGGAGGGGGUGUGGCGCUAGGAUCCGAGCAUGAUUUUAGCAACGAUGCUUCGUGGAUCCUGACGUCCACUUUUAUCAUCUUCACUAUGCAGUCAGGCUUUGGCCUCUUGGAGUCCGGUGCCGUGUCCAUGAAGAACGAGGCCAACAUCAUGGUGAAGAACGUGGUCGACGUCGUUCUCGGAGGCUUCACCUACUGGCUCUUCGGGUACUCCCUCUCCUUCGGUCAGUCGGAGUGGACGACCCCCUUCUGCGGAUGGGGCAGUUUCGCCAUCAACCCUGAGGAGGAUGAAAUGGGCGUAGUCUGCACGACGUUCUUCUUUCAACUUUCCUUCGCUACGACUGCAACCACCAUUGUUUCAGGAGCAGUGGCUGAGAGGUUUAAUUUCGUCGCGUAUGUGCUCUUCUCUGCCGUGAAUACAGUGGUCUACUGUGUGCCAGCUGGGUGGAUUUGGGGCAAACAUGGCUUCCUCUACCAUCUCGGUGUUAUUGACAUUGCUGGAUCCUGUGGUGUACAUGUGUGCGGUGGAGCUUCAGCUUUGAUUGCUUCGCGUCUGGUAGGACCUCGCCUAGGACGAUACGACAAUGGUGAGGAGCCCCUGCCGAUGGGAUGCCCCACAAAUGCCAUUCUGGGCAUGUUUAUGCUUUGGUGGGGUUGGUUGGGUUUCAACUGCGGCAGUACCUUCGGCAUCAGCAAUGACAAAUGGAAAUACGCCGCCCGUACAGCAGUGACAACCCUUCAGUCCAGCAUAGGUGGAGGAUUAGCUGGAAUGUCUCUGUCCUGGUAUAAGAACCAUCGUCUGGAAAUUGGAGAUGUGGUCAACAGCGUUCUUGGUGCUCUGGUAUCAGUGACAGCUGGGUGUGCGUUGUACACUACCUGGGAAGCUCUGUUCGUAGGAAUAGUAGGGGGCAUGAUUGCUGUUCUAGCAAUGCCCAUCUUCGACAAACUACACAUUGAUGACCCCGUGGGAGCCACGUCUGUACACGGACUCUGCGGCGUGUGGGCUAUGUUAGCCAUCGGACUGUUCGUGAAAGCUGACGACACCUUACAAAUGACGAAUGGAAAUUCAGGUCUUUUCAGAGGAGGCGGGUUUUAUUUACUAGGUAUUCAGGCACUGUCAUGUCUUUGUGUCGCCCUGUGGUCGAUGAGCACAACAUAUAUCAUUCUCAAGGUCAUAGACAAAUUCAUCGUUGGAAUUCGCAUGUCUGAAUGGGAGGAGCUGGUGGGUGCAGAUUUCGCCGAGCACGGAAUCAGGAGGAGGAACGUCGGCGUCACUCGAGCCGUUUCCGUCCUUGGAUUUGAACAUAAUGGCAUUGACUACAGUGACAUUAUUCCGCAGGGCGAUAAUCCAUGUCACCAAACCGUCCUGAAUGACCUAAAGGCGUUGGCUUCGAGGAGACACUCCACCGUUUCCAAGGCCGUAGCCCAAGUGACGAAGGUGCCGUUCAAGGAUGACCAGGCACUACCCGCGCUGAUGGUCAAUGGCCGUUCACCUCCAAAUAGAAAUGGCCACUUUUUGAGGAGUAGCAGCGCACGCAGCACCCGAUCGACCAACUCCAUCACUCCCAUCGAGUUUCCGAAUUCGUAUAACGCGUGGCCAUGAGACUAUUUGUAUCCUAUAUCACCCCGCAGCGUUGACCUGUCCUAUGACCUUUAUUACUAUAAUUUUGAUUCUGAUGAGUGGUAAAGUACAGGAUACACGAACUUUGGUGAACAAGUACUAAGUUCCAUGUGUUGUCAGAGUGGUGCCUUAUCAGAUCAUUAGCAAAUUUUCAUGAAAUUUGCCAUUUGUUGCCACAAGACAUUGUUACUUCUAAUAAUACGGAGAGGUUAUCAUAUUUUGAUAAACAGGAUCCUGAAUAAUUCAAUACUAACCCUUAACUUCAACUAGAAUGUCUCUGAUGUUAUAGUGUCCAUGUUGAAUGUUUAUUUUGACUUGAAAGAUUAAUAAAUGAAACUGGUUUCUUGGCAUUAAAAUUCCAGAUUAAAUAACAGUCUGGUAUAAUUUAUUAUUGUCUUAUAAAAGUAUCUAAUGUAAGAAUUCGGCGACAAGCCCAUUGUUUCUUAAUGCACUAGGAUAUUUUUAUGCCAUGCAUGUAACUAAAAAAAAAAAAAAAAAAACAGAAAAAAACGAGACAAUUUUAAGUUUAUUGUUCUAUAGGGUGGAAUAUAGCCAUCGUUAUGAAACUCCUGAGGAUGGGAGACCAUCAGUUUGUCAGGGAAAAACUCAUGCUGUAAUUCUUACCACAGCUCGAUAAAAUUCAAAUGGAAUCCUCUUUAACCAACCAUUCACUGCAGGACUGAUCUGGCUAGCUAGCAACACAGCCUUCUGAACCUUAUUCGGCAACAGAACUAUAAUGCGUAACCAGGAUUAUUUUGCUUAAGUUACUUCAGGGUUAUCCUUUGUUACAAUCCCUAACGGCGUCAAUAACCUCGUCGUUGUGACGCCAGUAAGAACUAACAAAUCAAUCAAUUAAUACAAUGAUGACCUGCAAAUAAAACAUUUUUGUUCAUGAUAUGCCUUAAUUGGUGCAAUUCUCAUAAAAACUACAUGCUAUAAGUAAAGUGUAAACUCCGGAUGUCAGUAGUUUAAUGCAAAGCUGAUGGCGAUAAAUGGUUUCAUGCAAUGAAAUGCUAACACUAUCAACCUACAGUUUGAAGUUGGGUCUCAAUUAGACGCAACUGCUUGUAGAGGUGAGUUUUGAGAGAGAGAGAGGCACACACACACACAUAUAUUUGAAUAAGGUACAAGAUUUGUCUUAGGUUUAAAUAAAUGAAGUGAUUAAAAACAGAACUUGGCGGAUGUCCCACUUACAUACAGAAUAGUAGUAUUAUAACCUGCUUUACUUUGUUCAACUCUCAAGAUAUUUUAUCAAGGGUGCUUACAUCGUCCUUUCGGCCGCUAGCUACAACCACUUUUUAGCCUAUAACUUGAAGUUCAU